UAUAAACAUUUUGAAGCAAUUGUGUUUCGGUUGUCAAAGAACAAGCAGUUAUGAAGGCUAUAAUGUGAAUACCAUACACAUAUAUAAGAUUAUCAAAAAAAUUACUUUUCAGCUUAAUCCUGUCGUAAUAAAAGCAAUAUCGUCUUUGUUAUUAUAUCAGUCAGUAACAGUUUGUUGAAAUAGUUUAAAAAAAGGAUUUAAAAAAAUAGCUGCUUUAGAAGGAAAAAAUUGUUAUUUUGAAACGGAAUUUUAUUCACACGAGAAGAGAGAAAAUGAUUUAUGGUUAACAUGCAGUUGAUUUGGCGGAGCUGAAACAUUUUAAUUUGUUAUUGUUGUUGUUUUGGAUGAUGACGUUUAGAAAUACUUAUUUGUUUGUUUACUCUUCAUUGUUGGUGUUUAUUUAUACAAAGGAAGUGAAAGUCACGGUGACAUCAAUAAACUGUGCGUAUGACUUCUCAUCACGUGGAUCGGAGAUCAUUAUACAUGCAAAAAACCAAUCACCGCGCGAUGACGGACUUAACUUAGUCGUUCUAAAUCCAUUGUCUGGAAAUAUCGUCGUCUCAGCCUCGUUUACAAACACAAGGUCAACAAAAUUUAACGACUUUUUAGCAAAUAUAGAAAAUGGGCAUGUUGUCAUAGUAACGUCGCAGCUAUUAUGCAGUCAGGAAAAUACAACAAACCUACGUAAACAAAAAGCAAUCCUGUACGGUUUUAAAAAACUAGGUGCAACUUCAACAAUACCACCUGUUUCAUUCCGGUCUGGAGUUUAUGUAUUUUGCAAAACUAAAUGCUUGGAUAAAUUUAAAGCGAAUAUAGAAUUUCCAGUGAAGAAAUUUCAAAAGACAAAUGAAGACGCGGUUUUAGUUUCCUUCACCAUGGAAACAGUGGCUUGCGAAACGGGAAAAGUUGGUUGUUCCUUAUCAGCAAAUGGCAAAACAAUAAUAAGGGGAACACCCGUACUGAAGAAGACAGCCAUACAGAAAAAUGAGUCGAAGAAAAAGAGUGGAAAUAUUGGACUGAUUGUUGUGGGGGCUGUUCUACCAUUAUUAUUACUUGUAUUCCUUGUGUCCGCACUUGUUUAUUUUCGUGCAAACAAACACAAAAGAAGAGAACAAAUGAGAAAAGAACUGAGUAGCACUGCUUUAAAAUUUUGCGAAGAGAAAAGGACUACACGGUUAGCUCGAAUGAACAGCGAUGAACAAAAAUUAAUUUCAGAAAGUCAAUCACCACCGCCUGUUGAGAUCAAGCUUGCAAAAAGUUUUAGAUUGUUUCAAAAACAUGGUAAGUGUGACCAAACUGACCGUUUGAAUCCAGAAAAAGGGAAUUCAAAUUUCCCAACGUAUGUCGGAGUUAGUGCAAGUCCAGACCAAGCUGCUUUAUAUAAAGUUCCUACAAAUAUUAGACGUCAUGAGCCGCCCACUCAUUUACCGCCACUUCAAGAUGCAACAGAUACAGAUUUAGUGCGAACGCAAUCUGACGCCUACCUGGAUAUGACGCAUCAUGACUACGAAAGUGUCGAUGACGUCGGAUUUAUCAGUACGUCAGGAGAGCGUACCGAAGAAGAGGAGGAGAAUCCUGUGUUUGUAAACGAUGCAAAAUUACGUAACGCAGAAUUGUGUGUAUUUGACAGUUACAACAGAGUCAAAUCGUUGUACGAACAUUGUUCCACCUCCUUGAAAAAUAGCACUUCAGAUUAUGAUUAUGGAAGUUAUACGGAACCUCUACCGUGAGUCGACUUAACGAAGGAGCGUAAUGAAUGUUUCCGCUCUCCGAGAUUGUAUUCGGCUAUUUUGGUGUGUGUGUUGUUAUCAUAAAGAGGUCGUAAGGGACAACAAGCAUUUACCCAGCGAAGCAUAAAAAUAUAAGUGAAAGAAAUACAUAAGAUGUAAAUAACGUUCAUUAUUCUUUCGGUUAACUAUAGCUGCAACAGAUAUUUAUUUUUCGGAUUCAUAUCAGCUUAUGGUUGAAUCGCAUAUACCAACUGAAUAAUCGAGGCUUGGCAAGGCCUGUUGUUAGCUACUUCGUGUUGUAAAUAGAGGUUUUGUGCUAUAUUUUAUUUUUGCAUUGUCUAAAAUAUUACAAAUUAUAACCAUUAUCAGAAAGCACAAAUUGCGCAA